GUUAGUGAGAUGUGAAUUUCUAAUGAUUGUUAAAAUUCUUUUAAUUCUAGUGUUAUUGGUUAAAUUGAUUCUAACAUUCUAACUCAAAUCUAGUGUAAUUGGUUUUAUGAUUGUUUAAUUACUUAUAAAAUCCCUUGUUAUUCAAAGAGUUUGGUUUUUAAUGAUUCUAUAAUUCAAUCAAACCUAGUGUUAUUGAGACUUGAAUUCUAAACAAUUUUACUCAUAAAACAAAACUUCACAAAUCUUGCAUAUAACCUCUUGAUUCUUAAAAUCACUAAACUAGCAUAUUUUGAUUUAACUUUUUGAAUAUGAAAAACUAUUUACAACUCUUUAAAAAUUUAACAAAUCUUUUGAUUCUUACGAUCAACCAACUCUACAUAAAUUAUACUCCCACUAACCCCCUCCUAAAGACAAAUGAAUACAGUAUGGUUUAACAACUAUAACGUUUGAAAAAGUACGAUGAGACAUGCCUUAUAAUCAACCAAGCAUUAGCUUAUAAAAGAGAAGACUUAUGAUACAUAAGCUUAGUGAAACAAGAGAAGAAUGAAAUUAUUAGGAAGAUGGAAGGUGGUAUAUGCGGCCUCGACAACCUUGUUUACCUGACGACCUUGUUUACCUUUUCUUGUUACCGUUUUCCAUUCCAUAUCUUGAAAUUUUUGAAAUGGUUUUAUUAACCUUCCACUUUGUGACAUGGUGAGGUUUGCUGUAGCAUCACUCAUAAAUCCGUCUCCGUCAUCUUGUUCAUUAUGAUCAAUUUGAUUGACAAGGAGGCUGCCAUGUUCAGGAGAGUGUGGAGAGACUAAUGAAUUAUCCGUUGAAACUAACUUGGUUUUGAAAACAAUAAAAGGUGAUGGAAUUUUUUCCAUAAUAAUAGUUUGAGUCGGAGAAGUUAAGCAUAUUCGAAAUCCAAUAUAGACGAACUUUCAUAUAGCGUAUACAAAAUAAUUUGUAUAAUAUAUACAUCACAUGUAGACUAGUGAGUGUGUAGAAAAUACGAAAAUAAGCAACAAUGUUGUGAAACGAUGAGACAUGUUACAUGUAUAAUAUUCUGAAGCAUAAACGACGUGUACACAGGCUUUCUCACCGUUAAUGCAUUAUUUAGGUUAUAUUCGGGUUCGGGUCUCAACUUGCUAACAUCAAUUUCAUUUAUUUUUUUGUUUUCUACCAUCUCCAUUGGUUAAGAAAAAAAAGGACACAAAUUCUUUGCCAUCACAAGAAAUGGGCCUAUUUGAAGAAGCAAGUGAUAUGACAAUUGAUAUGAGCUAAUUAUGACGAACGCAAGAUAUAUAGCAAACGAUCAUAGUUCUUAAUGAAAUGAUCCAAAUCCAAUGAUGGUAAUGAACAUAGUAUAUCUCUGCUCUGUUGUAAAAAAUAACCACAACUUCAGACGAGACACCCUUGCAACAGACAAAAACAAGUAAUAAUGUGUUCGUCUUUACGAUUUGUUCCUAGAGUUUUUUAAAAAUCUUAUAGCCAUUUGACUUUGUACGUGGACUUUCUCUUUAUCUUUGGAUUAUGGCAGCGUCAUCAUCUCUUGUUACCUUCCACAAACUCACCUGCAGUUUCUGUUUUGGUCCUUCCUCUGCUCCCGCUUACCUUACUUCCGGUCGAAGAAGGAGAUUUUGGUCUGUCUCUGCCCCUCAAACCAUGGCCGAUUUAGUCAAAACCCAUGCUUGGAGAGAUGGCGAAGAAGAACGGUUUCAGGCGCUCGAGCAAGAUGCUUUCAUUAAUAACCCGUCCAACGAUUUGGUCUCCGAUGGGAUCAACGCCGUCGCUAAUCGUCUGAGCAAAUGGGUUGUUGCUGGUUUAUUUGGAUCUGUUCUGCUUCUACGACAUGAUGGUGCAGCCUUGUGGGCUGUCAUUGGAUCCGUUUCCAAUUCAGCUCUCUCGGCAGCUCUCAAACGCAUACUUAACCAAGAGAGACCUGUUGCCACAUUGCGUUCUGAUCCUGGGAUGCCAUCUUCUCAUGCUCAGUUCAUUUCUUUCAUCUCUGUCUUUACCAUCUUCUCUGUUGUGGAGUGGCUUGGAACCAACGAACUCUCUCUGUUCCUUAGCGGACUCAUCCUCGCAUUGGCUUCUUACUUUAUAUGGUUAAGGGUGUCUCAGAAGCUUCACACGACCGGUCAAGUGGUGGUUGGUGCGAUCUUUGGUUCCGUUUACUCCACCUUAUGGUACAUAACUUGGAAUUCACUUGUUCUCGAAGCUUAUGCCUCAUCAUUCUCUGUUCAAGUAGCCGUCUUUGCUGUUGCUGCUGCAUCUGCUUUAGGCUUUACAGUUUAUGUGCUACUUAACUGGUUCAAAGAUGACAGAUGAUUUAAGGGUUUUAAAAAACUAAUCUCCUUAUGUCAUUCAUUCCUAUUGUUUUGAGUUAUAUAUGUAGCAAUCGACAUUACCACUUGUGUUAUUGUAAUAACUAGAGUUUUGCAAUAAAGCUGAUUUAAUGUUCAUUACUUUUGUUUACCUAAUGUUUUCUUUAUCGAAAUGUGUAGUAAAAAUGAACAUUCAUUUCAUUCAUUCUCUCUUAUUUUUCCCUCAAAAUCACAUUAUUUUUUCUAUAUUUUUCCUUACCUUUUCCCAAUAUCAUCUCAAAAUCAAAGAGUUAUAAGAAAAGAACCAAAAGAAAAAAAAUCACAAAUCUUAUGCCAUAAACAAAAUAAGUUACACUCAUCAUAUACAUAAUUUGAAAAUAAAACAUAAACAGAAAGUGUAAAUAAAGCUCAUAAAACUCAAAUAUUGUUCUCAAUCUUCCAAACUCACAUGAAUUCGAUGAAUAUAAUAAAUUGACACGGAUGUUCUCAUUAUCCUCAUAUGUCAUUCUGAAGAUAUCCAACGUCUUCAGAGCAUCAUCAUACCGAAGGAAUCGCCUGAGAUCAUCCAAACCAAUAAACCUUCAAAAUAAACAAAGAGCUUCAAUCAAGGUUUGUAAUUUCCAACUUUCUGUUUUACUUCUCACAUGGAAUCCACAUUUUAUCAUAGCCCCUACACCUUUUUCAAUCAUCAUUAUCUUUCUCUGUCAUGAUGAUAGAUGUAGCGGUUUAGAUCUUCAAACUUCGACACUAUGUUUUGUGGCAAAUAUUGACUGAUUAACAUGGUUGGGAAGUUGACAAAACUUCAACCAAAUACUCUUAGUAGAGAGAAUCAACGAUCUUCUGCCGUACAUGCUCAUGUGAAACCAAGUAGAUAAUGACUUAACCGUAACAACCUUCACAAGGCAGAUAGAGAGAACUAACGCAAUCACAAUUAGAGAUUUUUCAAUGGCUACUAUCACUUGAUUAAUCGAAUGUCUCAAGCUUUCCUAAUGUAACCUCACGUGCACGUACUACUAACCAUGUGAUCAAACUCCAUUUGACAGUGUAUCGUACGUGAUACAAAACAUAAAGAAGGCGGUGAUACGACCACAAAAGCAUAUGCAGAACGAACAUAUUCACUCUAACCAAGAUCUUACAAGCAACUCUAGAACCUAAAACCAUCAGCACAGACAAUUCACACCUCCAUAAUUGGAUUCCCAAUGCUAUCUUGUGGCGCAAGGAACGUAUUGAAGGGAUUAAAACUAACUCGAGAAUGAUUGCAAUAAGAAGCCAUGCUACAACAUUUCAAAUGAAGAACCUGCAAUCCUCUUCACCAUCAGAUUGCUUGACAUUCAAUUCUUUCCACAUCCAAACCAGAAGUCUUAUCCCAUUUCUAGAAGGUUGUGAACCUCCGUUCCUUUCAACUGUUGGAGGAAAAUGAACUUUUUUCCGGUAAGCGGGAAUGAUUCCUUAAAUAGAGGAAGAUAAACUCUCCAACUUGAGAAGUCAUUGUUUUGAAAUUUCUCAAAGAUCUCUGUUCUUGUCCACUUUUUACGUGAGUUUCGUUCUACUUCAAUUUUUCUCGAGAGGUUCAAUCUUCUUCACGUACAUUCUUUCUCCAAGAGCUUCCAUCUUCUUCAUUUUCUUUCCUAGAGUUUGAUCUUAUUGAUAGCUUCGUUCUUCUUCAUUUUUUUCUCAAAGAUUUUCGUUCUUAUUCACUUUUUUUAGUAAGCUUCGUUCUACUUCACUUUUUCGAGUGUUUCAAUCUUAUGCUUCACUUCUCACAUUAGAUUCACACUUUUUCGAGUGUUUCAAUCUUAUACAUGAUCACUAUAAUCAAACUUUUACAAGUGACUCUAAAACCUAACACCAUCGGCCAGAGAGCUCUCAUCUCCUCAAAUUGAUUCACAUUUUUCUCUGUGGUGCAAAGAACUUAUAGAAAAGGUUAAAAUUAACCAGAUAAUUAUUGCAAAAAGAAUAAUUAACAACCAUAUAAUUAAUUUUUUUCUAUUUUUGCUCAAAAUCACAUUAUGUUUUCCUUAUUUUUCCUCAAUAUUAUCUUAAGUGUAAUCAAUGAUUGAAAAGUAGAAGCUUCUUAAUUGUGGCACUUGUAUUGUAAUUAGAAGAGCAAGAUAUACUCAUAUAAGUUAAUUUUAUUAGAUGUUUUCAUGUUUUUAGAUGUUAUUAGUUACCAAUUGUCUUUCCAAACUUUGAAUGCCGUGUGAAUGUAUUUUUGAUUUCUUUUUAAUACUUACAUAUUAAUAUAUAAAACUGUCUACAUAACCCCAGACAUUUUAUCCGAAAUCUGAAUUAAAUGAAACCGAAUCACAAAAAACCCUGCAUAAAACAUAAUAUUAGAAAUAAAAUAUCAAAAAUAAUUUAUUUAAUUUUGUAAAUAUACGAUAUUAUAAAAAUAAAUAAAUUCUCAACAAAUCGAACUACCCAAAUAUUUUUAGAUAUUUUAAAGAUUUUAUAAAAUUUAUAUAAUAUAAGUAUGAA